AUGACCGGCAAGGAGGUUGAAUCCAUCAGCCCCUACGGCCCAGCCCGGUCGACGGUCAAGGGCGAGCCGCUUUCCAAGGAAGACAUUGACAAGUACAAUGACUACUUCAAGGCCAGCUUGUAUCUGUCCUUGGGCAUGAUCUUCCUCAAAGAGAAUCCCCUCCUCCGGGAGCCCCUCAAGAAGGAGCACAUGAAACUGAGGUUACUCGGCCACUUUGGAUCGGCCCCCGGCCAAAUCUUCACCUGGAUGCACUUCAACCGCCUCAUUAAGAAGUACGACCUCGACUCCAUCUUCAUUUCCGGCCCGGGCCAUGGCGCCCCGGCCGUCCUCUCCCAGUCCUACCUCGAAGGUGUCUACUCCGAGGUCUACCCGGAAAAGUCAGAGGAUAUAGAUGGCUUGCAAAAGUUCUUCAAGUCCUUUUCCUUCCCCGGCGGCAUUGGCUCACACGCUACCCCCGAGACCCCAGGCUCCAUCCAUGAGGGCGGAGAGCUCGGCUACUCCGUCUCCCACGCCUUCGGUGCCGUCUACGACCACCCCGAUCUCAUCGCGCUGACCAUGGUCGGCGACGGAGAGGCCGAGACCGGCCCGUUGGCGACCGCGUGGCACAGCACGAAAUUCCUCAACCCCAUCGUAGACGGCGCCGUUCUGCCUGUCUUGCACCUUAACGGUUACAAGAUCAACAAUCCCACCAUCUUGGCCAGGAUCUCCCACAAGGAGCUAGAGAACCUGUUCCUCGGCUACGGCUGGCAGCCCUACUUUGUCGAGGGCGACGAUGUCGACACCAUGCACCAGGCCAUGGCCGCCACCCUGGAGCACUGCGUCCUUGAGAUACGCAGGUUCCAGAAGCAGGCUCGCGAUUCCGGCAAGGCAUUCCGCCCCAUCUGGCCUUUGAUCGUGCUCCGCAGCCCCAAGGGCUGGACCGGCCCCCGCAAGAUCGACGAUAACUACAUGGAGGGCUACUGGAGAGCCCACCAGGUCCCCGUCCCCAACGCCGCCACCAACCCCGAACACCUGAAGAUCCUCGAGAAAUGGAUGCGCAGCUACGAGCCCGAGCGCCUCUUCAAAGACGGCCGCAUCUCGGACGAGCUCAAGGCGCUGUGCCCGACCGGCAACCGUCGCAUGAGCGCCAACCCGGUCGCCAACGGCGGCGUCCUCAGAAAGCCGCUUAAGCUUCCCGACUUCAGAAACUACGCCAUCAAGGUCGACAAGUCCGGCGGCACCAACGCCGCCAGCAUGAACAACAUGGCCACCUACCUGAGAGACGUCAUCGCCCUGAACCAGACCAGCUUCCGCCUCUUCGGGCCCGACGAGACUGAGUCCAACAAGCUCGGCGCCGUCUACGAGGCCGGCAAGAAGGUCUGGAUGGGCGAGUACUUUGAGGAGGACGCUAACGGCGGCAACCUAGCCCACAAUGGACGAGUUAUGGAGAUGCUUUCCGAGCACACCUGUGAGGGUUGGCUCGAGGGUUACAUCCUGACCGGACGUCACGGUCUGCUCAACAGCUACGAGCCAUUCAUUCAUGUCAUUGACUCUAUGGUCAACCAGCACUGCAAGUGGAUCGAGAAGGCGCUUGAGGUUGAGUGGCGCAACAAGAUCGCCUCGCUCAACAUCCUCCUAACGGCCGUUGUCUGGCGGCAGGACCACAACGGCUUCACCCACCAGGACCCUGGGUUCCUCGACGUCGUCGCCAACAAGAGCCCCGAAGUCGUCCGCAUCUACCUCCCACCCGACGGCAACUGCCUGCUCUCGACCAUGGAUCACUGCCUGGCGUCGUCCAACUACGUCAACGUGAUCGUCGCUGACAAGCAAGACCACUUGCAAUACCUCACAAUGGACAAGGCCGUAGAACACUGCACCAAGGGCAUCGGCAUCUGGCCGCAGUUCAGCACCGACCAGGGCGAGGAGCCCGACCUCGUCAUGGCCUCGUGCGGCGACAUCUCGACGCACGAAUCCCUGGCGGCCAUCGACCUGCUGCUCCAGCACUUCCCCGACCUCAAGGUCCGCUGUGUCAACUGCGUCGACCUCUUCAAGCUCAUCUCCCACGAAGACCACCCACACGGCCUCACAAACGCCGAGUGGGUCUCACUCUUCACCGACGACAAGCCCGUCAUCUUCAACUUUCACUCGUACCCCUGGCUCGUCCACCGCCUCACGUACAAGCGGCCCGGCAACAUGAACCUCCACGUCCGCGGCUACAAGGAGAAGGGGAACAUCGACACGCCCCUCGAGCUCGCCAUCCGCAACCAGACGGACCGCUUCAGCCUCGCCAUGGACGCCAUCGACCGCAUGCCCCAGCUGCACAACCGCGGCGCCGCCGCCCGCGAGGCCUUGCGCAAUCAGCAGAUCGCCGCCCGUAUCGAGGCCUUUGAGACGGGCAUGGACCCGCCCUUUCUCAAGAACUGGACCUGGUCCCACAACGGCCUGUGGAAACAGACCGUAUCCAAGAUCACCAACUAG